AUGGAGGACACGGGCUCUGAGUACGACAAUGUGGGUUCAGACGUGGAGCAAGACUAUGACGAGGUCCUGCAUUUACCAAGAGAGGGCGCUGUGGACAUGAGGUACUACAGGCAGUACUGUUCAGAGGAGGCUGGCUAUUUAAAGCAUCAUGCAGUGACUGAGAAUAUUAAUGAGAACGGUGCAGCAAGAGUGGUCCGAGACACACAGCGAAAGCCGGUAGCACAAAUGGUACGGAUCCACGGCCAAGGAGCGACCACAGGAGGACGAAAGCCAAGCCAAGCCCCGGAUGAAGAGACAAGCACAGUUGUGAAUCUUGCACACUCACCAGAGCCAUCGAGAAGUCCGCAGCCUGCGCCUCCGGAGGAGAAUGGCAGUCCAAAAACUUCACAAGAAGCACCUUUAUUUCCUUGCUUUGAAGAUGUGUAUUUUGUUUUGUUCACACGUGUAGUCCCGGGUCCCUGUGAACCAGAGGACCUCAUCGAUGGGAUUAUCUUUGCUGCUAAUUACCUGGGCUGCACCCAAGUGCUGUCAGACAAAAACCCAACCAAGUCAGUGCGGAUGGCCCAAGCCCAGGAGGCUGUCAGUCACAUUAAGAGCCAGGAUGAGGACUCCCAGAUGAUAACUGAAGUGGAUUUAUUCAUUUCCACUAAAGCGGUCAAAGUGUUGAAUGCUGACACGCAGGAGACGAUGAUGGACAGUGCCUUGCGUACCAUUUCAUAUAUCGCUGACAUCGGUAACAUCGUGGUCAUAAUGGCCCGAACGCCAAUGUCCCCGUCUCUAUCAGAGGAGCUGCCGGAACACCCUGUUUCUGCAAAAGGAGGAAAAAACCAGCAGUACAGGAUGAUCUGCUAUGUGUUUGAAUCUGAGGAUGCACAACUUAUUGCACAGUCCAUUGGCCAGGCUUUCAGUGUGGCCUACAGAGAGUUCCUCCGAGCCAAUGGCAUCAAUCCCACCGACCUGAGCCAGAAGGAAUACAGUGACAUCAUCAACUCCCAGGAAAUGUACCACGAUGAUCUCGUCCAUUUCUCAAACUCGGACAACUGCAAAGAGUUGUACGUUGAGAAGCAUAAAGGGGAGAUCCUUGGCGUGGUGAUCGUAGAGUCUGGGUGGGGCUCUAUUUUGCCCACGGUGAUCCUGGCUGGGAUGUUGAAUAGUGGCCCCGCGGCACGUUCUGGGAAACUCAGUGUCGGGGACCAGAUCAUGUCCAUAAAUGACACCAGUCUCGUAGGGCUGCCACUCGCCACCUGCCAGGGCAUCAUCAAGGCCCUAAAAAACCACGUAAAGGUAAAACUCAGUAUCGUGAGCUGCCCUCCCGUCACCACUGUCCUCAUCAAGCGACCGGACCUGAAGUUCCAACUCGGCUUCAGCGUUCAAAAUGGCAUCAUCUGCAGCCUGAUGAGGGGUGGCAUCGCGGAGAGAGGCGGCGUUCGGGUCGGCCACAGAAUCAUAGAAAUAAACGGCCAGAGUGUGGUUGCCAUGGCGCACGAGAAGGUUGUUCAAACGCUGUCGGUCUCAGUGGGCGAGAUCAACAUGAAGACAAUGCCAGCUGUGAUGUUCCGCCUGCUGACGGGACAAGAGACGCCGCUCUACAUUUAG